AUGCAGAUGAUCACGUGUUCUCGCGUCGGUGACCUCGAGAUCAAGUUCGACCUCGACGUACCCGCCGACAUCACAGGCGCACUGCCCGCGUUCAUUUGCAUCCACGGCGGCGGCAUCAUAGCGGGCUCCCGUAACGAGCCCGGCUCGGCCAGACUGACAGACUUCAUCCGGGAAUCAACACUGUCGAAGGGCAUGAUCUUCAUGUCUGCGGACCACCGCCUCAUAUACCCGUCCACGGGAUUCGACAUCAUCGAGGACAUGAAGGCACUCAUGAAGUUCAUCAGCGACCCUUCCUUCUCCGAGAAAUACCUGACCGCCGGUAUGUCUCUCGACAGCAGCCGUAUCGGUGUAGCAGGGGUGUCCGGUGGCUGUUACGCCGCACGCGCGCUAGCGAUCUACGGCGAGCCCAAGCCCAAGGCGAUAUACCUCCUCUAUGGUAUGGGCGGCGAUUUCAUCUGCGACCAUUGGGUCGCAGAUAAGGGCGAUACGAUGUUCGGGCCCGUUCCCCUCACACCACGCGCAACGCUCGCGCACCUCCUCGACGCGCCCAGUGUGCCGCCGACGUCGGAGAGCGCGAUACAUGCCGGCCCCGACCUGUUCGCUGACGAGCAGCGUCGCAUCGGACUCUCUUCGUACUGGUUGAGGACCGGCGAGCUCCUCGACCACGUCCUCGGCGAACCCGUGUCUGCGACGCUGCGCGCGCUGCCCUACGCAGAGCGCGUCGCGGCCGUGCCGGAGCGGCUCCGCCCCGCGCUGCUGGAGACGCAAAUCGAUGCGUCGUUCCCGCCAACUUUCCUGCUGCAUGGUGAUCAGGAUGCGAUAGUGCCCCUGUCCGAGUCGCAGAAGACGUACGACCGCCUGCGCGAGCUCGGGGCGAAGGCAGAGCUGGAGAUCGUUCGAGGAGGGGAGCAUGCUCUGAUGGCGAAGGCGUGGCCCCUUGAGUUCUGCGCCGGGGCGGAUGAGGCACAUGAGAAGGGUAUGCAGUUCCUGGAGAGAGAACUAUUUGAGGAUACAACGGGCACUCCUCAGUAA